AUAAAGCAUGCUGUGUCUGUAAUUGCCACCAUAAAAGCAUUCAACGUAGCUACGCAUGAGAUCCGUGUCCUUGCCCAUGCCCUCGGACGCAUAAGUGCAGCAGGAAAUGGACUCACAGGCAUCUGGGGCCUCACAUCUGGCUUCAGCCAGUUCAUCACAAUGGCGAUGUUCAUGCAAGGAUUCUGGUUCGGAGCUCAUCUUGUCCGGGAAGGAAAGAAUACGCCUGGUCAAGUUAUGAGUGUUUUCUGGGCAUGCCUUAUUUCAACGAGCAACCUCCAAAUGGCC